GAGGCGCUGUUGUCAUUUAGAAGUUAGCGCUACACCACUGCUGCACCACAGAAGAAGUGACUCAGUUGCUGCAUGUCUGUAACGAUGGCGGCCGCCUUGAGGGGAAGCUUGGUAACAUUGGUCAAGGGCCUGAGCAGCCCCCGGUGGCAGCAGCUGGCCUCUCGACCACUGAGUUUGUCUGCUGGUCUCUGUGGUUCAGAGGCCCCGCCCGCCCGUGCUGAUGCUACUUUCAAAGUCACGAUGGUACCGGGUGAUGGAGUGGGACCUGAGCUAAUGACUGCUGUCAAGGAAGUCUUUAAGGCAGGAGAUGUCCCCGUAGAAUUUGAGGAGUUCCACCUGAGUGAGGUACAGAACAUGGCCAGUGAGGAGAAACUGGAUCAAGUGUUGACUUCAAUGAAGAACAACAAAGUGGCCAUUAAAGGAAAGAUUCACACGCCCAUGGAGUUCAAAGGGGAACUGGCUUCAUACGAGAUGAGACUGAGGCGUAAACUGGACCUGUUUGCUAACGUGGUUCACGUCAACAGCCUGCCGGGCUACAGCACUCGCCACAACAACCUGGACCUGGUCAUCAUCCGCGAACAGACAGAGGGGGAAUACAGCUCCUUGGAGCACGAGAGUGUGACAGGUGUGAUCGAAUGUUUGAAGAUCAUCACCAGAGAGAAGUCACGGCGCAUCGCUAAGUUCGCCUUCGACUACGCCACCAAGAAGGGGCGAAACAAGGUCACCGCUGUUCACAAAGCCAACAUCAUGAAAUUAGGUGAUGGUCUGUUUCUGCAGAGCUGUGCGGAGGUGGCACAGCUCUACCCCAAAAUCAAAUAUGAGAAUAUAAUCAUUGAUAACUGUUGCAUGCAGCUGGUGCAGAACCCGUACCAGUUUGAUGUGCUGGUGAUGCCGAACCUGUACGGUAACAUCAUUGAUAACCUGGCGGCGGGACUGGUUGGAGGAGCAGGUGUUGUUCCUGGGGAAAGCUACAGUGCAGAGUAUGCUGUGUUUGAGACUGGUGCACGCCACCCCUUCGCACAAGCUGUAGGAAGGAAUAUUGCCAACCCCACGGCCAUGCUGCUCAGCGCUUCUAACAUGCUCAGGCACCUCAACCUGGAGUAUCACUCCCAAAUGGUGUCAGAUGCUGUAAAGAGGGUCAUCAAGCAGGGCAAGGUACGGACACGAGACCUUGGCGGGUACUCUACCACUGGCGACUUUGUGCGUGCUGUUGUGGAAAACCUGCGUCACCGACCUGUUCACUAAGAUGUUUCGUCACACUCCUCACUGACUUUACCCUUAAAUCUGGACAUUGUCUCAACAUGAACUGGACUCAUGUUAAGACUCAUCUCCCCCUCUCACUGCAAAAUGACAGAUAUCUCACACAGUCACUGACAAACACCAUCACUCGCAUCCUAUGGUUUAUAUUGGGUUUGCUGAUAGAUACAGCGGAAUCAACAGUGCCUUGUGUUAUACUGUACUAAAAAAAUGUGCAGCUCAUGAGGCUUCUUCUCAAGCAUUUCCAUUAUACAGUUUGAUCUCCUGUUACCCCUUUCCAUCAGCACACCUCAUAAUUAAUAAUUAAUGCCUAAUUAAUCACUUUUUCAUUUUUUCUUUUUUUACUUGGCUUAGUAAGAUCAUCUUUUCAAUCACUCUAGAUAACCUUUUUGUUUCGCCUGUGUUCAUGUGCUUUUGCUUGUUGCUUAAUUAUCUAAAUGUUUCAGCCAUCUUGGCCAUUUAGACUACCUCUCUGCUGUCGCACAUCAGUAGAAACUUACUGUGGAACAACCGCACAACAGGUUACAUGUUGUAUAAUUUGGCUCACAAUUCACCACCUGAUUCUGCAUGUUCUGUUUUGUCAUUACUCAGAACUAAACAAUCUAAAAACUGAAAGCUACUGUCACUUAUACAGUAUGAUAACACUCAUACAUCAUACCGUUACACUUCUGACCAAUGCAUUUCUUAAUGUUUUUCUGUAAAAAAAGAUUGCAGUGCUUUAAAUAUGGUUAAAGCCUGAAUAGUUACUGUAUAGCAAACCUGUCCUGACAAAAUGUAUGUUUCUUGCUAUGACAUUUCAUUAUACAGUAUUUUAACAUGAGCAACUCAGCUAAAACAAAAAUCAAGAAAACCAAAAAUAUAUAUUUUAACUCAAGAUAAUACAGAACUGUGUGAAAUCAUUUUCCAAUGUUAAUAAUUGUAAUUCUUAUUUAUAAUAAUAAAUAAUGAAUAUAAUUCUACAGUUUUAAUAGCCACAGAAAGUUUCUGUAGCCAAAGCUUCAACAGCUGUGGCAGUUUCAAUAGCCAGAGAAAGUCUUCUCAUUUUAGAGUCUGCUGUUCAUCUUACAGUGCGCAGCAUCUACACCAAGCUGAAUUAUGAGUUGGUAAACUGUAAAUGAUCUCUUUAGUGUUUCUGUCUUUUGGCAACAAAUAAGUAUAAGGGUAAAGUCAUCAUUUUUACAUUUAAACAUAAUGUCCAAGAACUAAUACAAACGGUUUUUAUCCUGAAAUGGUGCUGAUCAUUCCCACAAGUGUUGAUGCCAUCAAUGCUGUAAGAAAUUAAAACACUGCUCUACCCCACCACUUCAUCUAAUAUGCUUUUUGUGUUACUGUGCCACAGUUCAUAUGUCAUCAGUUGUUGAAGCAGUGUAUUAGAUGUACUCUCGUUUUGACCUUUGGCACCAUCAAUAAUGUAAAGUUAUUAUGGAGAAUGUUUACCACCACCAAACAGUGUAAACAGUGCCGUGUUUUGUUUCCAGUUUGACCACAAAUCUUAUAUGGAAAUUUCAUACUUGCAUAUUAAAGCUGGCCACAAGUGUGAUGUGGUGUUCGAUAAAUA